GUAGGAAAUCCAUUGUAAUAAAUGUAGUUUAUACAACCUGUACAGUACGGCCAGGUAGAAAUCAGUCAAACUAACCAAAUCCGGUACUAAUGUCGUAAUGGUACGCACGCUAGCUAUUGACGAAAGAAUGGUAAGGUGACCGCACAGGACAGAUUUAAAGGAGCCACUGCGUAGGUUAAAUGAAAUGCAUUGAAGUAGAUCUUUAGGGGGAAAUAGUUUACUUUAAAUGUAACUACUAAAUGUAUCUACUCUGCGUUAUAUACAAAAGCUUCUUGUGAGAAUAUCCUAAUCUCUAAAUAAAAUGAAGGUAAAAGUAGCAGUGAGCUGUACCUUGCUUUACGUCUUCGCUGACAUUCUCAUCACCACUGCAUUAUACGCACAUGGACCACACUUGGCAAUAUUUUCAGAAGAUGCCCGGAAUUUUGACAUUCUCAGCUCAGUCCUAGACUUAUGGGGGACUGUGCUGGUCAGAGCCUGUCUUCUCCUAGGAGCUUCGAUAGGGGUGCUGUGGAAUAGAGAGAAUGGGCCUGGGAGGGUGUCCUUCCUGACCACCAUGACCAUCCUCGUCUGUCUAACCGUCCUUAACUAUGCCCUGGCCAAGCUACUGAUGCUCACAGAAAAGGGAAGUCUAGCACACGAGCCCUGGUUCCUCUGCCUGUUCUCCUGGACCUGUGUGUCCGCUCUGUUGACUGUGCUGUUCUGGAGUUUGCUGGGGAAGGAGCACAGCGCCGUGGGUGAUGGAGGAGGGGGCUGCGAGGAGACGGAGGGGCUGGUGGAGAGGGCUGAGGGGCGGGGGGCAGAGGGGGUGGAAGAGCAGGGCGAAGGGGACGGGGGGAAGACGAAGAGGGGGAGCAAGAAAGAAAGCAAGGACAUAUCUGACUCGGGAGCCACGCUGGGACGAUUGUUGUCGUACUGCAGCAAGGACACUGGGCUGCUCUGUGUAGCCUUCCUUUUUCUUCUCAUCUCUGCUGUGUGUGAGGCGUUUAUACCCUUCUACACUGGACAGGCUAUAGAUGGCAUAGUGGUCCACAAAAGCAUGGAAUACUUCUCCAAGCCCUUAGGCACCCUGGCAGUGCUGGCAUUAUGCAGCUCACUUGCUAUGGGAGUACGAGGUGGAGCCUUCACCCUAGUUUUCGCUAGAAUAAACCUUCGCCUCCGGAACCUUCUCUUCAGAUCGUUGAUGCGUCAGGAGAUCGGGUUUUUUGAUGCCAACCACACAGGCGACAUCACUUCCCGCCUGACCUCUGACACAACCCAGGUCAGUGACCUCAUCUCCAACAACAUCAACGUGUUCCUGAGGAGUGUGGUCAAGGCCGUGGGGUACUUCAUCUUCAUGUUCGGCAUGUCCUGGAAGAUGACCCUCGUCACCAUCAUGGGCUUUCCCUUCAUUGCUGUUAUCUCCAAGGUCUAUGGGGAGUAUUACAAGAGAUUGACCAAAGACGUCCAGACUGCUCUGGCUGAAGCGAACAAGGUGGCGGAGGAGACUAUUUCUUCCAUGAGGACAGUCAGAAGCUUCGCCAGCGAGGAACAAGAGGCGGACUCCUACUACAGCAAGCUGCUCGUCAUGUUCCAGCUCAACAAGAAGCAAGCCCUGGCUUACGCUGGCUACAUGUGGUCCAGCUGUAUCUCAGAACUUGCUCUUCAGUUGGCAAUCCUGUACUAUGGAGGUCACCUGGUGGUGACAGGUCAGAUGACCGGGGGGACCCUGAUUUCCUUCGUCAUCUAUGAGCUGGAACUGGGAGCGUGUCUGGAGAGCAUAGCGUCGGUGUACACAGGCCUCAUGCAGGGAGUGGGAGCAGCAGAGAAAGUGUUUGAGUACCUAGACAGGAAGCCCAAACACCCCCAAGAUGGAACGGAGGCCCCUGACAUCUGCAAAGGCUUGGUGGUGUUUAAGGACGUCUCGUUUGCCUACCCAACACGCCCUGAGACAGAAAUCCUAAAGGGAGUUUCCUUCACUCUGCGGCCCGGGGAGGUGACUGCGUUGGUGGGGCCCUCAGGCAGUGGUAAGAGCUCGUGUGUGGGUCUGCUGGAGGACUUCUACCUCCCCCAGCAAGGCCAGGUUCUGCUGGACGGGAAGCCUGUGCACACCUAUCAACACAACCACCUCCACUCACGGAUUGCACUUGUGGGUCAGGAACCGGUCCUGUUUGCCCGCACUGUUGAGCAGAACAUCACCUAUGGCCUGACUGGGGUCCCAAAGGAGGCGGUGGUACAAGCAGCAACCAAGGCCAAUGCUCAUGAGUUUAUUACGGGCCUCACAAAAGGCUACGACACAGGUGUGGGUGAGAAAGGGACUCAGCUGUCUGGGGGCCAGAAGCAGCGAGUGGCUAUUGCACGAGCCCUCAUCCGCAGCCCAAACGUCCUCAUCCUGGAUGAAGCCACCAGUGCCCUGGAUGCAGAGAGCGAACACGUUGUCCAGCAGGCUCUAAACGGCAUCAUGCGUCAGCACACAGUGUUGGUGAUCGCCCAUCGCCUCAGCACAGUGGAACGGGCCGACAACAUCAUAGUGAUCGACCGGGGCUGUGUUGUGGAGCAGGGCCCACACAGCCAGCUCAUGGCCAGUAAGGGCCUCUUCUACAAACUGGUCCAGAGGCAGGUCCUGGGCAUUGAGACGGGGGCGGAGCCCCUAAACCCCCCAGUGGUUCCCCCCAACAAGUCAGAGAGUGGUGGUCAGCUAAGUAGACAAACAAGCGACACCAGCGAAUCAGAAUGUCACACGCGCUACUGAGAGUUACUUAGAGGGAAAACCUCACAUGGACUGAUUAAUUAGGGGCAUGGAAUACACUAAGCAGUGUUCUUCCUCCACUGGACAGUAUGUUCACCGUAAUAGUGAAAAACAGGAUUUUAGAUAUGCACUUUACACUCAUAUAUAAUCACUUUACAUCCAGUCCAAACUGAUUGCUGAAAGACCAACAAAGCAUGAGGGAGUUUGAUGACAAUAUAACACUUUACAGAAAGGUCCUACUGCAUAUAUAUAAAAUGAUAUAUAAAUACAAAAUGAUAUAUAAAUACAGUAUACAUAGGCUACACUUCAAACGCACAUCUCAUAAGACUCCUCUGUAUGUUGUAGUAACAAGGUAGGAACAAGCUACAAAAUGUGCCUUUGCUUGAGAUUCAUAUACUUGAUUUCAUGACUGUAUUUAUUUUAUGCAAGAACGUUUCUAAAAGUGCAAUAAUAGUAUCUUAUAAUUGAACUCUUACGGGCAUAUACAUAUUUGUAAUAGAGGAAUGUAUGACACUAUACCAUACACCAUUAUUUAUUGUGCAGUGUACUUAUUUUUGUGGUGCUCUUUU